GUUGGUUUCCUCUGGGUGCUGCAGUUUCCUCCCACAGUCCAAAGAUGUGCAGGCCAGGUGGAUUAACCAUGGGAGGAUUAUUGGUGGGGAGUCCCUAUUUGGAGGGAUGCUGUGGACUGAAUGGCCUGCUUCCACAUUGUGGGGAUUCUAUGGCUCUUAAAAAUCUAAUGAAUGGCUUCAAUUAUAAGGCAGCAUAGACAAACAGGAGGCUGGAAGAACACAGCAAGCCACGGAGUGUCAGGAGAUGGAAAAGCCAACAUUUUGGGUAAAACCCAUCUUCAGGACUGGAUGUGGGGUUGGGGGGGACUACAGAUAAAGAGAAGGGGCUGGGGAGGAGAGGCUGAAAACUAAGGCAGUCUAGAUUUCUAAAGAAUUGAGAGAUCACUUUAUUUCCCGUUUAGACCUUUAGAAGAUUUGCUGGUGAGACCCUGAAGGGUGGCUGUAAUGAGACAUUUACACCUGUGCAAAAUUAUGCAGGAAAUGUGAUUAUUAUGAAAAUGGAUGAAUGUUACACAGGAGGCUGGGCUAAAUCCAACCACAAACACAGCUGUGGCAGCAGGGGAAACAGAUGAAAGACAUCAGGGUGCAAGUGUACAUCCAGGAUGAAGGAGAUGCCACAAUGUAGACCCUUGUAGCCUCCAGCUGGAUUCUCUCUCUCUGUCUACCCCAGGACAGGCGGAAGUCUCCCACAGCCGCUUCCGUCGCGCUGGAUAGCUCAGUCCCAGCCUUUCAUCUCACUUGUUUGUUUGCAAUUAACAUUUAUUUAUUUCUGUGGUUGUGGGGGGGUGGUGCUGAGGAGAGCAGUCGAGCCGCCGGGCGCUGCGCUAUGAACGCGGGCGGACAGAGCGAUGGCUUCGCCCCGGUGCCGUUUUCUCCAGGGGCCACAGUGCUGGUAGAAGUAAACGCAGAUAUACACAUCUGCGGAAUCUGCAAACAGCAGUACAACACUCUGGAUAACUUUGUGGCUCACAAGCAAAAUGGCUGUCACCUUGGGACAACUGCAGGCACCAGUUCCAUACAGUUUGUGGCAGAGGCAGCAACACCAACCACCCAGACUCAGACUGCUACAAGUAUGAUUACUGCACAGACACAGACCAUCUCAGUUUCCAGUCAGUUGUCAGAAUUUGGUUUUGAACAAGGAUACCAGACGUAUCUACCCAGUACCAGCAAUGCAGGCGAAGUUUCCAGUCUAUCCUUAGGACCCACCAGGCCAACUCCAAAAAAAUCAAAAUCAAAUUCAACAUCACAAAAAAAGCUGACGUGUUGCUAUCCAGGUUGUGCAUUUAAAACAUCCCAUGGAAAUAAAGAUUUAGAUCGACAUUUAAGAACACACACAGGUGAAAAGCCUUUCAAAUGUGACACUUGCAACAAGCGAUUCAGUCGUCUGGAUAAGCUGAAGAUGCACAAUCGUUCACACACUGGAGAGAAGCCUCAUAAAUGCCAGCAUUGUGACUAUGCAGCAGCAGACAGCAGCAGCCUGAAGAAGCACCUCAGGAUCCAUUCUGAUGAGCGUCCAUUUAAAUGCCAGAUAUGUCCUUAUGCUAGCCACAGCUCUAGCCAGCUCAUUAUUCAUCUCCGCUCUCACACUGGGGACGCACCUUUCCAAUGUCAGUUGUGUGAUGCUAAAUUUAAAAUCAACUCGGACCUAAAAAGACACAUGCGCAUCCACUCUGGUGAAAAGCCCUAUCAAUGUAGCUUCUGUGAUUACCGCUGCGCCAUGAAGGGCAACCUCCGAUCUCACGUCCGUGUAAAGCACAGCAUGGAGAACACUUUCAAGUGCUCACAGUGUGACUUCCAGUGUGGGAACAAGUCCACAUUGCGGCAGCACACAAGGACCCAUCAACCGGAUAAGCCAAUAAAAUGCUUGCAGUGCAGCUACUCCUGUGCUAGUAAAGGAUCAUUGAAGGUACACGAAAGAAUUCAUUCUGAAGAUCGACCUUUCAGGUGCAAGUUUUGCUCCUUUGAUUCGAAGCAACGUAGCAAUCUCCUUAUGCAUCUUAAAAAACAUCAUAUAGGCAAAGAUAAACUGAGUGCAGGGAAGAAAGAUGUUGAUGGACAAAAGCAAGGCAGUUCGCGGCUAGUAGUCAAACUAGAUGCCAAAAAGCCUUUCAAAUGUGAUAUGUGUGACGCAAGUUUUGUCAGAGAAGAUUCACUUCGCAGCCAUAAGAAUCAACACCGUGAUUUAUCUCACAGCAGUGAUAACAGUGCACUAGCCAUUUUACAGUUGCAGAUACAACAUGAAAACCAAACCAGUGUUCCUUCUGUGUCUAAUCAUCUUCAACCAAGAUCAGUCACAUCCUUUAGCAAAGGAGAGGUGAAGAUUAUAGUUAGCCAGCAGCUGAAUCCAACUAACAGCAUUGUUCAAACAGCAGUAAAUGAACAUCACACUGUAAGAGAUACUGUGGUGUCUGAUCCAAGUCAUCAGAACAGAGAUGAUGUGACCUCCAGUGACCAAUUGCAACUGUUACAGCAGGUCAAUUUGAUUGCUCCAACUCAACAAGCAUUAUCACAGAAUGAAGUUGAAACUAACUCCUCUUUAGAGCAGGAAGCCACUUUACUUAGUCCUAUUGAUUCCAAUGCCACUGACAGUCUCCAUCAGGCGCUAAUGCAAACUACAGCAGUUGAUAAUCAAGCAUCUUCAAACAGCCAAUCAUUCAUCACUGCUUCUACAAUCAACUGUUCAGAUCUGGAUGGCCUAAAUGCACUCAUUCAAGAGGAGAGCAGGGAUGUCACUGUAGUUAGUGACCCAAGCCAGACUGUUGCAACCACCUCCUCAUCCUCAGCAUCACCCAUCUUCUCUUCACCAUCUCCUCAGUUGCCGGGACCUAAACAUACCUAUCCUAUUGUUCCAGCAGCAGCUCCAUCCAGUGUUACAUGCUCAGUAUUACAAAUUCCAUCUCAUAAUUCAUCAGCUACAGGAUUCCCUCCACAGCCUGAGGAAACAAACAGUCUUUUGGUAUCUGGCAUUGGCAUCAGCACUUCAGGAGUGAUUAUACAGAGUCUUCCCAUGGUUGUUACAACAGCACAGCAACAACAAACUGAUGAUCCACUCUCUGAGCGGGCUUUCUACUCUGAGUCCAGUGCUUCAUCAACCUUAGUGCUACAGGAAGCCUCGCAGCUUUCUGGUCGACAAACAAUACACCUUACCUCUAGUGGAGACAGCACACAGCCUUCCUGUUCAGUCACAGAAACCCAAGGGUGGACAAUGUAGAAUUAUGUUAUCAAUCUGGAUUCUGAAUGCCGUUGGCGAAAAUGUCUGUUGAGUUCUGUGGACAGCUGUUGGGUGUCUUACACCGUAGAUCAUAAGAUGUAAUCAUGAAAGAAUGAAUUAUUUCACAUGUCAUUAUCUGAAACCUUCAGCUAGCUUUCAUAGCUUUGGUCAUAAGUAAGAUGCAGACUGGAAUCUAAUCUAAUAUUUGAAAACGUUAACCACCUUAUUCUUAGGUGCUUCUCCAUCCUAAGUAUCUUAGGGGAAGGGUUGAUUGAAAACUAGGAGAAUAAGCAAAAUUAUUAGUGAAUCACAACCUGACACCUGAAGAGUCUCAUUGUUUGAGUCAACAAUUAAUUAUUCAUCCUGGUUGGAGGAUGGAGGAAAUGGGCUGAGGGGGCCCAGGGUUGUUCCAGUUUUGUAAGGAGUGAUUGGGCAUUUACUGAAUCUGCACUAUGGUGUUUGGAAGUGUUCCCAUCCAGAUUUCUAUCUUCUGCAGGUAAGCAUAUGAGUGGCUAUCACAUGUGUCAUGACUUCAGUCAUACAAGGAACACAAAAAAAGUUAAUAAGCAUGUUUAUACGUAGAUUCAGCAAAUACUUAAGAACGCAAAUGAAGUUGACAUUAUUGCCAGGGGAUUGGAGUUAAAGAAUAAGAAAGUCCUUCUACAGUUGUACAAUACUCCCAUUGCAUCUUGGGUGGCUAUCCUUCAUAUAUAAGGAAGGAUAUAUUGCCUUGAAAGUGGCACAGUGAAGGUUCGUUAGAUUGGUUCCUGGGAUUAGAAGGUAUGAGACUGAGUAAUUUGAAGUUUAAAAGAAUGAUAGAUGAUCUCAGCAAUUUAAAAGAUUGAUACAUGAUCUCUUUCAAACUUACAAAAUUCUGAAAAAUUAUUUCUCCCGUCUGGAGAAUCUCGAACAGACUCAGGAUAAAGGGUCAACCAAAGUUUGUGAGAAGAUUUGUAGCUCGGGUGCUCGUUGCUGUGGUUCUGUUCGCUGAGCUGGAAG